AUGGCAGGGUGCCCCUUAGUAUUUACUGUAAAAGGAUCCUAUGAAGAUGUUUGCAACAUUUUACCGAAAUUGCAGGCUCCACCAAAUUCCGCAGUGUUCCACUAUGCCAAGUACUGUUGCCCUGAAAUGGAGGUGGCAUUACCAAAGAACUGCUCCUCCUGCUGUUUCUCAAAUAAGGGGAGAAAGGAGCUUCCGACUUUGCCUUUGUGUCAUCUUCCAGUGGGGGAGAGAGUAGAAAUAGUAAACGACAGAGCAUAUGAUGCAUUUAUGACAGCAGAAAAUGGGCAGAAUGACCUAGAUGUACGUUUGGGAUUUGAGCUAUGUCCCGAGGAGCAGGAUUUCAUCUGUAAGCGCAAGAGAUAUGUUGCUGCUGCUUUGAAAAAAGUUCUUCAUCUAGAAGAAGAUUUGCAAGAUGAUGAGGUAUAACCUCCAGAAGAAUGUAAAAAGCCAGAGAAAAUG